AAAAUGGCCGGUAGCGUGUGUUUUUCAGUGUGUCGUUUUGACGUGUUCGUUUUCUAAUUUUUUGGCACAAGAACAACAAAUUUAUCGCAUGGAUGGUAGAAAUUUAUGACAAGUGUAUUCUCCGGCGUGUUUUCCACUAAAACAAUACACAGGAAUUAGAGUUUAAUAAUAUGGCGAGUCCCUCGCCUCAAUCAUCGCCAAUGCCGCCACCACAAGCACCGAGUCCUAUGGGUCCACCGCAACAAUCACCGUCGCCCUCGAAUCCCCAAGGAAGUCCCAUGGGACCUCCACAACAUCAUCCUCAGAGUCCGACUCAGGGUUAUCCGCCACCCUUGCCACCACCUGGAGGACCUUCACAACAAUCGGGUCCACCACAGCAAAAUUAUCCACCACACCCAAUGCCACCGAAUAUGGGACCUCAGAGUCAAGGAGGACCUGGUCCUGGACCUGGACAACCGGGACCUGGAGGACCAAUGGGCCCAGGAGGACAAAUGGGACCUGGAUGUCCUAUUAAUUCACAAAUGGGACCCGGAGGACCGCAAAAUACACAAAUGGGUCAAGGAGGACCGGGAUCUCAACAAGGACCAAUGGGUCCGAAUCAAAUGGGGCCUAAUGGACCACAAGGUGGGCAUCAUAUGGUGCCAGGCGGUCCAGGUCAGAAUCCACCUGGGCAAAUGGGACCAGGUGGUCCCCCAGGUCACCAGUAUUCUGGAGGAAUGGGUCCAGGUUCCCAGCAAGGACCAAUGGGACCGGGUCAGAUGGGACAUUCUGGUCCACAAGGAAUGCCGCACAUGGUGCAACAGGGAGGGCCAGGGCAAAUGGGUUCGGCGAAUCAGAGCGGAUCGCCGGUUCAAAUGGGUCAGAGUGGACCACCUGGUCAUCAGUUUACGAAUUUAGGACCAGGAGCACAGCAAGGACCCAUGCCACCGAGUCAAAUGGGACCAAACGGUCCUCAAGGCGGUCAUCAUAUGGGAGGUCCCGGACAAAUGGGCUCUGCCAGUCAAGGUGGUCCUGGACAAAUGGGCCCUGGCGCUCCACCCGGAGGAAUGGGCCCGGGUUCGCAACAAGGACCCAUGGCUCCAGGUCAAAUGGGACCAAACGGUCCUCAAGGCGGUCAUCACAUGGGCGGUCCCGGUCAAAUGGGCUCUGGAAAUCAAGGAGGUCCAGGGCAAAUGGGCCCUGGUGGUCCACCGGCAGGUUAUCAAUUUUCAUCCUCAGGCGGAAUGGGUCCAGGUUCACAAGGUCCAAUGGGUCCUGGACAAAUGGGACCGAAUGCACCACAAGGCGGACAUCAUAUGGGAGGCCCAGGGCAAAUGGGAUCCGCUGCGCAGGGUGGGCCCGGACAAAUGGGACCCGGCGCUCCACAAGGUCAUCAAAUAUCAUUCCCGGGCAGUAUGGGACCAUCGUCCCAACAAGGACCGAUGGGCCCCAAUCAAAUGGGUCCUAAUGGACCGCAAGGCCUUCCACAUAUGGUUCAGAGUGGACCAGGACAAAUGGGAUCUUCAAAUCAAAGCGGACCACCAAAUCAAAUGGGUCCUGGUGCUCCACCAGGUGCUCCAAAUCCAAAUCAAAUGGGUCCAGGAGGUGGUCCAGUCGGUCAACAAGGAGCACCAGGUCAAAUGGGACCCGGCGGCACUGGUCCAAUAAUUCCCGGUGGUCCCGGCAGUCAAAUGAAUCAGAAUGCACCUGUACAAAUACCAGGCAAUCCACCAGGACCACCAGGUCCUCCAGGCUCCGGACAGGAGAAUUUAAAUGCCCUGCAGAAAGCCAUUGACUCUAUGGAAGAGAAAGGUCUUCAAGAAGAUCCACGUUACUCUCAACUUAUUGCUCUUAGAGCCCGUCAAGGAAACAGUAUGGGAGAUAAACAAACUUUCAGCUCACAGCAGUUGCAACAAUUACGUAUGCAGAUAAUGGCUUAUCGAUUAUUAGCGCGAAAUCAACCUUUGUCACAGCAAUUGGCACUCGCUCUUCAAGGUGGAGGUCCUCCUCCAGGUAUCGGUCAAAGACCCAUGGAUCCUUCUCAAGGUCCUACGUCCGGUUCACAAGCACCUGGUGCCAAUGCAAUGGGCCCUACGGGACCACCGAGACCUGGUUCUCAAACUCCACAGCAACAGCAGCAACAACCACAGCCGGGAGCCAAGACGAAUAGAGUUACCAGUCUCGCGAAACCCGCCGGUCUUGAUCCUCUUCUAAUUCUCCAGGAACGCGAAAACAGAGUCGCUGCUCGUAUUGCACUUCGUAUGGAGCAACUUAGCAAUUUGCCGACAAAUAUGCCCGAAGAUCUUCGAAUUCAGGCGCAAAUUGAAUUGAGAAUGUUGAGAGUUUUGAACUUCCAACGACAACUCAGAUCUGAGAUUAUUGCUUGCACUCGUAAGGAUACAACAUUGGAGACUGCAAUUAACGUGAAAGGUUAUAAACGAACCAAGAGGCAAGGUUUACGUGAAGCGCGAGCAACGGAGAAAUUGGAGAAACAACAGAAACUCGAAGCGGAACGUAAACGAAGACAAAAACAUCAGGAAUUCCUUAGUUCGGUUCUUCAGCAUGGCAAAGAUUUCAAAGAAUUCCAUCGUAAUAAUCUUGCGAAAAUGUCUCGUCUCAAUAAAGCGGUGCUUAAUUAUCAUGCGAAUGCAGAGCGUGAACAAAAGAAGGAACAGGAGAGAAUUGAGAAGGAACGUAUGCGUCGUCUUAUGGCCGAGGACGAAGAGGGUUAUCGAAAGCUUAUCGAUCAAAAGAAAGACAAACGUCUCGCUUUCCUUCUUUCGCAGACCGACGAAUACAUUUGCAAUCUCACUGAAAUGGUCAAGCAACAUAAAAUGGAGCAGAGGAGAAAACAAGUUGAAGAACAAAGACGUAGAAAGAAGAGGAAGAGAGACGGAGAAAUUGGAGAAGACGGAACUGUGGAAGAUGUGCGAGUUCAUGUCAUUGAACUUUCUACUGGUCGCACUUUGACUGGCGAGGACGCUCCAAUGAUGAGUCAACUUGCUGCCUUUAUGGAAACACAUCCCGGAUGGGAAAUGAUUGAAACUGAAAGUGACGAAGACAGUGAGGACGAUGGCGAAGAAGAGGGCGAUAAGGACAAGAAACAAAAAGAAAAGAGCAUUGAAGAGGAUGAUGAACAGAAUGAACAGAAUAAGAAACCGGUCAACAAGGCAAAGGUCGAAGACGACGAAUACAAAACGGAGGAACAAACGUAUUACAGUAUUGCUCACACUGUUCAUGAGGGUGUAACUGAACAGGCUUCGAUUUUAGUGAAUGGCAAAUUAAAGGAAUACCAAGUUAAGGGCUUGGAGUGGUUGGUCUCUCUUUUCAAUAACAAUCUAAAUGGUAUUCUCGCUGAUGAGAUGGGUCUCGGUAAAACAAUUCAAACAAUUGCUCUUGUCACGUACUUGAUGGAAAAGAAGAAAGUCAAUGGACCGUUUUUAAUCAUUGUUCCUCUAUCGACUCUGUCGAAUUGGGUUUUGGAAUUUGAGAAAUGGGCGCCGAGCGUUGUUGUUGUCUCCUAUAAAGGAUCACCGGCUGGAAGAAGGGCAAUUCAGUCGCAAAUGAGAGCGACUAAAUUCAAUGUACUACUUACAACUUAUGAGUAUGUCAUUAAAGACAAGAGUGUUUUGGCAAAACUUCAGUGGAAAUAUAUGAUCAUUGACGAAGGUCACAGAAUGAAAAAUCAUCACUGUAAAUUGACGCAAGUGCUUAAUACACAUUAUCUGGCGCCCCAUCGUCUUCUUCUCACUGGUACACCAUUACAAAAUAAAUUGCCGGAACUUUGGGCGCUUCUCAAUUUCCUACUGCCAUCCAUCUUCAAAUCCUGCAGCACAUUCGAGCAGUGGUUCAAUGCCCCUUUCGCAACGACUGGUGAAAAAGUCGAACUGAACGAGGAAGAAACUAUUUUAAUUAUUCGUCGUCUGCACAAAGUUUUGCGACCUUUCCUCUUGAGACGUUUGAAGAAAGAAGUAGAAUCGCAAUUGCCUGACAAGGUUGAAUAUAUAGUAAAAUGUGACAUGUCUGGCUUGCAGAAGGUGCUUUAUAAACACAUGCAGAGUAAAGGAGUUCUAUUGACUGACGGUUCGGAGAAAGGAAAACAGGGCAAAGGUGGAGCGAAGGCUUUGAUGAAUACAAUUGUUCAGUUACGAAAACUUUGUAAUCAUCCAUUCAUGUUCCAAGCAAUUGAAGAAAAGUAUUGUGAGCACGUUGGCACUCAAGGAGGAAUUGUAGCCGGACCUGACUUAUUCCGAGCCUCGGGUAAAUUCGAAUUGCUGGAUCGAAUUUUGCCGAAAUUGAAAGCAACAAACCAUAGAGUAUUACUGUUUUGUCAAAUGACGCAAUUAAUGACAAUUAUGGAGGACUACUUGACGUGGCGGGGUUUCAAGUAUCUCAGAUUGGACGGCACAACAAAAGCCGAAGACAGAGGUGAUCUGUUGAAGAAAUUCAACGAUCCGGGUUCAGAUUAUUUCCUCUUCUUGCUGUCAACAAGAGCUGGUGGUCUUGGUUUGAAUCUUCAAGCCGCCGACACUGUCGUCAUCUUCGACUCCGAUUGGAAUCCUCAUCAGGAUUUGCAAGCACAAGACAGAGCUCACAGAAUCGGUCAAAAGAAUGAAGUACGCGUUCUACGUUUAAUGACAGUAAAUUCAGUUGAGGAGAGAAUUUUGGCUGCUGCUCGUUACAAAUUAAAUAUGGACGAGAAAGUUAUUCAAGCGGGAAUGUUCGAUCAAAAAUCAACAGGCUCAGAGAGACAGCAAUUUUUACAGAGUAUUUUACAUCAGGACGAUGCUGAUGACGAGGAGGAGAAUGAGGUUCCCGAUGAUGAGACAGUGAAUCAAAUGAUAGCAAGAUCGGAAGGUGAGUUUGAAUCUUUCCAGAAAUUGGAUCUUGAACGAAGAAGAGAGGAGGCAAAAUUGGGACCACAACGAAAGCCACGACUUCUUGAGGAGGCGGAACUUCCCGAUUGGUUGGUGAAGGACGAUGACGAAGUGGAAAGAUGGGCGUAUGAGGAAGAUGAGGAUAGAUUUUUGGGACGUGGCUCACGUCAACGUAAGGAAGUUGAUUAUACGUUUAGUCUCACUGAUAAGGAAUGGCUCAAGGCAAUUGAUGAGGAGGGCGUUGAAUACGAUGAGGAAGAGGAGGAUGAUAAAAAGAAGAAGAAGACAAGAAAGAGGAGGAAAAAGGGCGAGGAGGACGACGAGCCAAUGCCAAAGAAACGAAGAGGCGGCUCUUCGAUUCAUCCAAAAUUGAAGCGAACAAUGAAGAAAAUUAUUGCCGAAGUUGUUGAUUAUACUCAUGGUGCUGAUGGACGAUUGCUCAGUGAACCGUUCAUGAAAUUACCAUCGCGACGAGAGUUGCCUGAUUAUUAUGACAUUAUUAAGAAACCACUUACUAUUAAUAAACUUCUUACGAAAAUUGAAGAAGGAAAGUAUUUCGAUCUGGAUGAAUUGGAAAAGGACUUUAUGCAGUUAUGCAGGAACGCGCAAAUUUAUAACGAAGAAGCGUCGCUGAUUCAUGAAGAUUCAAUCACUUUACAGACUGUUUUUACGGAUGCACGACGAAAAUUAGAAAUUGAAAUAACCAUUUCCGAGGACGAUAAAGACGCCGAGGAUGGUUCGGAUGGUGAUUCCAGUGUAAAAAUGAAAAUCAAGUUGAAGCAAAAGAAGACGGAUGGACGCGUAGGUAGGAGAAAGAAGUCAACAAAGAAGUACAUCUCGGACGACGAUGAUGACGGUGACGAUAAUUAAAAAGAAGAGAAUUUUUUUCUUUGUUUUUUGAGUCCAAACAAAUAAGCAGCUUCUUCGCGGUAAGAAUUCUGUGAUUUUUUUUUAACGGUGACAUUAAUAUUUAAAAAUAUUCAUUGAUUAUUCGAUUUUCUUCCAAUUUUCACAAUUGGAAUAAAUUUUCGAACGAUACUUUCAUAAUUUAUUAAUGAAAAUUAAUUUUGAAAUAUCGCAAUGAUUCACAAAAAGAAAAAAAAAUUUUUUUUGAAUACACUAGAACAUUUAUUUUUAAAUAAUUACAUUCAUUCGAUUGUAUUAAUCACUUUGAAUAGAAAUAAUGUUCAUUUCUGAUUUAAUGCAAAACUCUGAUUUAAUGAGAAAAAAUUAACUUCCCUCUUUCUUUUUAAAUAGAGGGAUUUUUUUGUUUUAUUUUUCUUUUUUAUAGUACUUUUUGAUGGGGGUAAAAAUUUCUUUAAUUCUAAAAUAUUUUUGGAAUUGUGAGUGGCAGGACGUAAACUCUAAAAAAAAUAAUAGGAGUUUAAAUACUAGAAUUAAAUCACUAAAUGUAUUCUUUGCCAAUUAAUUUUUUUUUUUAGAGAUAAAAGACUUAUCUCUAUAUUAUCGAACUUGAACAUUAACUCUAUUUUCAGGAAUGAAUUGAAUGAUUUUUGAUGAAUUAUGAGCAAUAAAUAAUACAAUCAUCGAAUCACUGUUUAUAACAAGUGAAUGAUUGAAUAUUUCAUUUAAUGAAUGAAAAAAAACAAGUUUUGAGUAUAUUGUAAUUUUUACUAAGCUUCUGUCUGCGUUUAAUCAUAGAUUUUUCUUCUUGAAAAUUAAGCUCAUAAUUUUCUUUAUUAUGCGCUUCUAGUUUCAAAUAUUAGAUUAUUUCCAAAUAAUUAUUUAAAAAAAAGAAAGAUUAAGUGUUUUUUAUUUAAUCUGAAUCGACGUAAGAGAGGAUAUAUAUAUAUAAUAACAAUUGUAGUUUUUUCUGAUACUUCGAAUAUUUUUCGUUGUAGCGUAUUAUAUAAUCUUCGUAUUAUGUUUAAGGGAAUAAAAAAAAACAGUGGUCGGAA